GCUGACCAAUGCCCGGCCUCGCUCGCGGGUGGCGGCGCGGGCCAUGGCGGAGGAGAAGAAGCCGAAGGUGGGCAGCGCUCAGCUGCCCACCGAGUCGAUGAAGGUGGUGGCCGAGUCGGUGGGCAUCGGGCAGGUGCCCGAGGAGACCUGCCAGCUGCUGGCGGACGAGGUCAGCUACCGCAUCAAGGAGAUCGCGCAGGACGCGCUGAAGUUCAUGCGGAUGGGCAAGCGGCAGCUGCUGACCAUGGGCGACGUCGACCUGGCCCUGAAGCUGAAGAACGUGGAGCCGCUCUACGGGUUCCACACGCAGGAGUUCAUCCCGUUCCGCUACGCCAGCGGGGGAGGCCGCGAGCUCUACUUCUACGAAGAGAAGGAGAUGGACCUGAGCGACAUCAUCAACACGCCCCUCCCCCGCGUCCCCCUCGACGUUUGCCUCAAGGCACACUGGCUGAGCAUUGAGGGAGUUCAACCGGCGAUCCCAGAAAAUCCACCCCCGGCACCCAAGGAGCAGCAGAAAGCUGAGGCCACCGAGCCUUUGAAGGCAGCCAAGCCGGGCCAGGAGGAGGAGGGUGCUCUCAAGGGCAAAGGACAGAGCGCCACCCCAGCCGAUAGUAAAGGCAAAGAGAAGAAGGGGCCCCUUCUGGAAGGAGCCCCCCUGAAGUUGAAGCCACGCAGCAUCCACGAGCUCUCUGUGGAACAACAGCUGUACUACAAGGAGAUCACCGAAGCCUGUGUGGGAUCUUGUGAAGCAAAGCGAGCGGAAGCCCUUCAAAGCAUUGCCACAGACCCCGGCCUGUACCAGAUGUUACCCCGAUUCAGCACAUUCAUUUCUGAAGGGGUGCGGGUGAAUGUGGUGCAGAACAAUCUGGCUCUUCUGAUCUACCUCAUGCGAAUGGUCAAGGCACUGAUGGACAACCCAACCCUAUAUUUGGAGAAAUAUCUGCAUGAGAUCAUCCCAGCAGUCAUGACCUGCAUCGUCAGCCGCCAGCUCUGCCUCAGGCCAGAUGUUGACAACCACUGGGCCUUGCGAGACUUUGCCGCUCGGCUCAUCGCCCAAAUCUGCAAGAAUUUCAGCACCACCACUAACAACAUCCAGUCACGCAUCACCAAAACCUUCACCAAGAGCUGGGUGGACGAGAAGACGCCCUGGACCACGCGGUAUGGAUCUAUCGCUGGCCUGGCGGAGCUGGGACCUGAUGUGAUCAAGACACUCAUCCUGCCGCGGCUGCAGGUGGAGGGGGAGCGUGUCCGCAGCAUCCUGGAAGGUCCUGUGGUCAGCAAUAUUGACAAGAUUGGGGCUGACCAUGUUCAGAGUCUCCUUCUGAAGCACUGUGCUCCCGUCUUAGCCAAGCUGCGUCCCCCUCCGGAUAACCAGGAGGCCUACCGAGCCGAGUAUGGCGCCUUGGGCCCCCUGCUGUGCACCAAUGUGGUGAAGGCACGGGCCCAGGCAGCUGUGCAGGCUCAGCAGGUGAACCGCACCACUCUGACCAUCACCCAGCCCCGCCCGACACUGACCCUCUCCCAGGCAGCCCAGGGAGGCAGCAGUGCCACCCGGGCACCCAGCAUCAUCAAGGUGCCCGGCUCCAUCACCCUCCCUGUGCAGACUCUCGUCUCAACCCGGCCGGCCACCCCAACACAGCCCUCGCCUCCUCCCACCAAGUUCAUUGUCAUGUCUUCCGCCUCUGGCACCUCCACUUCCCAGCAGGUGUUCACUCUCAGCGGUGGCCCAGCCAGCACCUCCACUUCGCCCGUCACCAGCACCGUGCCCAGCACACAACCCCUUGUGAAGUUGGUUUCUGGUGGGCAGGCAGCCCCCAGUCCCCCCAUCUCAGGCAGCGUCCAGAAGUACAUUGUGGUUUCUCUACCACCCACCACAGAGGGCAAAGGGGGGGCCUCCCAGCUCUCCCCCUCGUCCUCUGCUCCGCCGAGCCUGGGACUCGCCAGCGGACCCCUCAAGCAGGAACGCAGCAACAGCCCCCAGCUGCCAGGUAGUGCCAGCACUACCACCAGUGCCACUGCUUUCCUCACCAAAGCCACCAAUGGGGGCCACGGCUUGGUGCCUGAGUCUCCACAGCCCCUCCUCUAGAAUUUACCACCUGCCAUCUAUGGGUGGGCAGGGAAUAGUCCAGGGCUCUAUUCCUGCGACCCAGCCUCUCGAUGCUGUAGGAGAACACCUCUGUGGGCCAAGGUUGCCCUGCACCCAGGACUGACCCUUCAUCCUGCCCACCUGUGUGAAAUUGGAGAGAAAGGGGGCGACGGGUUUCCUUGUUGCAGGAGUAGCAAGGGUGGUCCUUCCGCUGCCUUCGACAAAACACGUUUGCUGUAAAUACUUUCCAGUGCCUAAUAAACAUGUCUGUUCAACA